CAUGGGAACCCACCGCCCGCUCAGGCGCAGGAGCCGCAGCCGCAGCCCCAGCCGGUGCUGCCGCCCGCCGCCGGCUGCCCGCUGCCCGCCCGCCCGCCUCGGGCUCUCCCAGCGGGGCGGUAGGGGAGCCGGGCUGCAGGAAGGGAGAGAGCAGAUGCGGCCUCCGAGCCGAAGCGGGUCCCGCAUGACCUGAACCGAGGCCCCUAAGCCGCCGCAGCGACCGCGAGGAACGAGGACAAGCGCGAAGCAGCGCCCGCCUGGCCCCGGACCGCGCGCUCCGGCCCGUCUCCCAGACACGGACGGCACGGUCCGCCCCGACCCCAGCGCCGCGCGGUCUCAGCCCGGCCGGCGACCUCAGCGCCUCCGCAACCUCCGCGGGCCCCGAAGCUCUUUGCCUGCGCCUUCGCCGCCGCCGCCGCCGCCGCCGCCCCCGCCCCCGCCGCAGCCGCCGCAGCCGCCUGCGCCUCUGCCACCGCCUCUGCCCCCGCUCCGUCCGCGACCCAAGCCCAGGCCCCGACCCCAGCCCCGACCCCGCCCUCGGCCCCGCCAACCUCGGCCGCGGCCCGCGCCCCGGCCCCGGAGGCCCAGCCGUGGGCACGAUGCUGCCCAGCUCCAUCCAGAUUUCGGGGGAACCGCUGUCAGGCGCCGAGGUGCGGGACAUCUGCCGCGGCCUGCGCGACAACGCCGUGCGCCUGCUCUCACUGCGCGGCUGCCGCCUCUGCGACCGCGACUUCGGCCGCAUCUGCCGGGCCCUGGCCGGGGCCACGUCCCUGGCGCAGCUCAACCUUAACCUAGGCGUCGUGUCCAGUCCCAGCCGCAUCAAGCAGCUGGCAGAGGCACUGCGGACCAACCGCUCCAUCCAGUCCCUCUUCCUACAUGGGAGUCCCCUGACAGAUGCAGGGCUGGCCUUGCUGAACCCAGCCCUGGCCCUCCACCCUGCCCUUGUGGCUCUGGACCUGGGGGACUGCAUGCUGGGUGAUGAAGCCAUCAACCUCAUCUGUGGCCUCCUCCCCCCAGAUGGAGCCAAGUCAGGCUUGAAGGAGCUAACGCUGAGUGCCAACCCUGGCAUCACCCCUAAGGGCUGGAGCCGCCUCGCGAUUGCUGUGGCCCACAGCUCCCAGGUCCGCGUCCUCAAUCUGGACUACAACCCCCUGGGUGACCAUGUGGCAGGGAUGCUGGCUGUAGCUGUGGCCUCCAGCCGCACCUUAGAGGUCCUAGACUUGGAGGGCACAGGGCUCACCAACCAGUCAGCUCAGACCCUGCUGGACAUGGUAGAAAAUUACCCCACGGCCUUGCGGAGCCUGGUGUUGGCUGAGAACAGCAUUAGCCCAGAGCUGCAGCAACAGAUCUGUGACCUCCUCUCAGAGGGAGAGGAGGAGGAGGAGGUGGCGGGAGGGGCUGGCGACACCCAGGAACGAGAGAGAGGGCGGGAGCCUGCCACCCACCAGAGGAGCAGCAGCUCCUGGAUGUGCCCCAGUGAUCCCAGCUCUCAGAUGGUGCUCAUGACUUCAGGACUCGGUGACAGUCUGUUGGCUGAGACCGAGAUGUGACUCUCCACUUGGGCUUCUGCACAUCAUUACAUUUUGUCUAUGUCCCCAGCACCUUGUCCCAAAUAUCAGGGUCAGGCCCUGGGGCCUGGGAGGGAGGGAGGGGGGUGGAUGGGGCUCUGGUAGCUCCCGGCAGUGGUGGGAAGCUCUGGAAGCUGACUGAGCAACAGCCUCGGGGGCACUUGAACCCAAGGCAACGCCUCUGGACUUGUUGGCAGCUCUGGCUGCAACCCGCUGGCACGGAAGAGAUUUUAUUAACUCUACAACCUGGCGUGUGGCUGUGGUCCCUGGGGGGCUGGCAGUAGGGGAGGAAUUGGAACUACUAGACACUAGGGGGCAGUGCCACCCCACAGCCCAAGUUCCAGGCAGCAUCCACUGGCCCCAAAUAUCUAACAGGUCAGGCUCAGGUCUCGGACUUCUAGGACCUGGGGUCCUGGGGCGACACCUUACACAGGCCCCCGUAAGAAUCGGAACUGAGGUAAAGAGCCCGCUUCCACAGGUGGGCUGGACCCUACCUACCUCAAGGGGAGACUCAGGGGCCCUGCCAAGGUCACUUGAGGUGCACCUUCUCUCACUGCCUGACGCUCUGUGGCCACGGACAUCCCAAGCAGAGAAGAGCAGGGGAGACUCACUAGCAAAGAGCAGAAUUUGACUAGAACUGGGAAGGCUCAAGAAUGGCACCAGGAAAAUCAUUAAGAGACAAAUUGGGCCAUAUCAGUAAAAUAGUUUUAAUUUUAAAAUAGUCAUCGAUGUGAAACCUUCCCAAAGCUGGGAGUAACAGUCUAGAGCCAAGGUCGGGAGGGGGCCAGGCCUCACCUAGAGCCCAGCUUGAGGCCCCUGAAUCCCUCCCUCUCCUCCCUUCCAGAGGGAGGAUGGACACAGCUGAGGCGAGCCCUGAGUGAGUCCUCUCCCUCAUCCCCCAAGGGCCCCUUGAAGGCAACAGCUCGUGCAGAGGACUUGAGGGGAGAGGAAAACAGGCAGAAAAUAGAAAUUAGAGGUUAAUCGUCCCCGACGACGUCCCCCUCCCGACCCCGGGGGGGGGGGGUGGGGG